AUGUGGCACUGUAAGCCCCAUAAUGCACUGCGAUUCUGCCAGACCCACUUUGCCACGCCUACAGCGAGAGCCAUGAACUGUCGUUCAGAAGUCCUUGAGGUUACGGUCGAGGCGAGGCAAGUUGAAGAGGCAAUGUUGGCUCUGCUUCAUACCAUUUUACUGCACCGCAGCACUGGCAAAUUUCAUUACAAAAAGGAGGGCACCUACUCCAUCGGUACUGUAGGGACACAAGACAUAGACUGUGACUUUAUUGACUUUGCAUUUGUCAGAGUGUCAUCGGAAGAGCUGGACAGAGUCAUUAGGAAAGCAGUGGCAGAAUUUAAGGAUGCCCUGAGUGUUUCUGGCUCGGAUGGUAUGGGACAGAUUUCUUUAGAGUUUUAUCAAAAAAAGAAGUCUCGGUGGCCCUUUGCAGAUGAGUGCAUUCCAUGGGAAGUGUGGAGCAUCAAGGUCAAUGUAGUCAACCUGGCCAAUGAGCAAGAGAGACAAAUCUGUCGGGAAAAAGUUGGUGAGAAGCUGGGCGAGAAGGUUAUCAAUGUGGUCGAAGUCAUAAACCGACAUGAAUAUCUGCCAAAGAUGCCUACCCAGUCUGAGGUCGACAAUGUGUUUGACACCAGUCUCAAAGAUGUUCAGCCAUAUCUUUACAAAAUUACAUAUCAGAUCACAGAUUCUCUGGGCACGUCUGUGAGCACCACCGUGAGAAGGCUGAUUAAAGACACCUUGGCCUUGUAA